AUGUCAGAAUACUGGAAAUCGACGCCAAAGUACUGGUGCAAGCACUGCAGCAUCUUCGUCCGCGACACGAAGCUCGAGCGACAGAACCACGAGGCGACGGGCAAGCACCAGGGCGCGCUCAAGCGGUUCCUGCGCGACCUCCACCGCGGCCAUGAGCAGGAAGAACGCGAAAAGGACAGGGCGAAACGCGAGGUGGAGAGGUUGAAGGGGAUAUCGUCGGGGACAACAUCAUCAUCAUCAUCAUUCGUGAGACCCGGCGGUUCGAGCAGCAGCGGCGCGCCGCCGUCGGCAGAGGCGCAGCGCAAACAGCAGAUGGAACAGCUCGCCGAGAUGGGUGUGUCGAUACCGACGGAGUUCCGGGGCGAUAUGGCGAUGGCAGGUGAGUGGACAGUCACUGCAACAAAGGUUGUCGACGACGAGGAGGCGGCGAGGGAGAGGGAGAAGCCUGUUGAGGCCAAGGCUGUCGGGGUGAGGAAGCGAGAGCAGACGGAGGAGGAGAGGGAGGAGGAGGAGGCUGUGAGGGGGUUAUUUAAGAGGCCUAAGAAGUGGGGGAGCACGAGGACGAUGCCGGCUGACGACGAGGAUCUUGAUGCAUUGCUGAAUGGGAAUACGCUGAUGAGGGCUGUGAAGAAGGAGGAGGAGAAGGAUGAGGUGGAUGUCAAGAAUGAGGUGAAGCAGGAGGCGGAAGGGGAGGAUGCGACGGGGGCCACGUCUGAUGCGCCGGCUGUCAAGAGAGAGCCGACAGAGGACGAGGCUGGGAAAGGCUUGGAUGUGCCGGCCUUGGGAGAGGACGGCGUCAAGAAGGAGUACGAGGCUGCAGAGCCCACGGAGGCUGCGGCGCCGACGGUGGUGUUUAAGAAGCGCAAGCCCAAGAACAUGCGACAAAAGUGA